CUUGAGAGCCUGAGAGCCUGAGGCUCUUCGGAAAGGGCGCUCUGGAACCUAGUUCCAGCCCGAUCCAACUUGCGAAGGUCCACUGCGCGCUAAGCAUUCGUCGACACCAUCUCCUUAUAUUAUACUAAGCUACAUCAUUACGGCACAUAUCACAAGCUAGUAGCGGGAGUCCUGGUCCUGCAGUCGCCACGCUGGUCGCCACGUGCGCUCUGGCGAGCAUUGGUCGCCAAUUGUUACUUUAACCAUUUGUGCAAGUAUUUUCUCUUCUAGGACCUGUGCUUGUACAAAUUGAUGGCUUUAGAGCGAGAAGGUGCGGCUGGGGCCUUGACAGUCAAAAUGUACGCGAGGAGUCCGCCAGCGACCGUUCACCCAGCAGCACUCCCCGUUAGAGGUUCGCUCUCACAAUGCAUUGCGUAUAGACUGCUGGCCCGACCUGGUGACACGUCCCAUGGUUGGGUUUGUGUGUGGGGGCUCCCCACGUGCGAUGUGGAGGGCCCUUCCCUGGUGUGGGUGUCAUCCUCAGCGCAGCGCCCCGUGGUGAAGAGUCCAAAACCCUAGGGGCCAUAAACGCUUGAGGCCCAUAGCCGGUUCCGCGUCGGCAGUCAUAAAAUCAAAAGAAGUCAACUUGUCAACACUACUGGACCAGCCAUGUCCACAAGCAUCGUCGUGGACCCGGCGCGCGGCCACGCCGAGGAGCGCGCACAGAUCGGAGGCCUCACAGCGGCGACUGCGUCCAAGGGAGAUGCCGCGCUGUUCCGUUUGUUCAUCACGCCCCUGGAGGUGUGGAACAAGGUGGUGGCAACGGGAGUGGCCAAGGCCAAGUACUCUUGGCCGAAGAAGGUCCUGCUAUCCUUCCUUGCUGGCGCCUACCUGUCAUUCGGCAUGGCGUUUGCUUUCCUGGUGGGUGGCCAGCUCAAGAACAUCAAGGUGGAUGACCCAGGCCUCUACAACGUCAUCCUGGGAUUCUUCGGACUGCCAUUCGGCCUGACAAUGAUCAUCCUGAUGGGCUCGGAUCUGUACACCAGCGACGUGACGUUCAUGCUAGCUGCGUGGUGCGAGGGGAAGACCAAGAUGACAGCUGUCGUGUGGAACCUGGUGUACUGCUGGUUCGGUAACCUGUGCGGCUCCCUGUUCAUGGUGCAAAUGUACAUUUGGGGCGACGUCUUCAGCGGCCGCGAGGCGUUUGAGGAGAGCGUGGCUUUGAAGAAGACCUCGCCCGACUUCGGCGUCAACUUCGUGCGGGGCAUGCUGUGCAACUGGCUGGUCAACAUCGCCACGUGGCAGGCCAUGACGGCGCAGGACGUCACGGGCAAGUUUGUGGGUGUACUGAUCCCCGUCACCAUUUUCGUUGCAAGUGGUUUUGAGCACUGCAUCGCUAACCAGUUCGGCAUCCCCAUGGGCAUGCGCCUGGGCGGCACCGCGCAAUACGUGACCACCUCCGAGGCCAUUGUCAAGAACUACAUCCCCGUGACGCUGGGCAACUCGGUGGCCGCCAUGAUCUUCAUCGUGGGCUUCUACUUCUUCUCCAUCGGCAGCGGGCACGACAUGGUGGUCAACUCCUGGAACUCUGGCGUCACACGGUACCUGCCACCCAUGCUGGCCGGCUGGCUGCAGACGGGCGAUGUGGUGGCAGCGGAGGGCGGCCUGCAGCCGCUGCCGGGCAAGUUCAUUGGUGACAUCAGUGUGCACUACGGCGGCGUGGCGGGUGGCGGCGGCGGCACCCCCUCGCACCGUGGCAUCUCCGCAGCCCUACGCGCGCUCACCUCCUCCAUGCGUGGCACACAUGCGCCGCCGCCAGCGGCGGUGGUAUCUGCGCAGCCGCAGGCGGCCACCGGGGAGGGCGCGAACGGCAAGUCCAUGGUAUGAGCGCUGGGCGGAGGCCUGGAAGCAUGCACCCAAACGGGGGGGCGGGCGCACGGCAGCGGGACAGCAGGCUGGGCAAGGGCACCAGAUAUUAAUAAAUUAUUGGCAGUAUACUGAUGUAGUAGCAAGCGUAACUAUAUGAUACGGUACCAACGGCUGGUGGCCGCUCCGUGCGGGUGGGGCGCGGCGCUUGGGCGAGGGGGUGGGGGGCUGAGGACCUCGGUUAACCCUGAGGCCACUGACAUGUAGCAAUGUGACAUGCCGUAGCAGUUUUGGGUCGUUCUUUUGAAACGGUUUCGUUGUUGGCCUGCAACGCCUGGUGUGGAGAUAAGGAUGUAUGGUUUUGCCCGCUGGGGUAAGGAGGGGCGAGGUCCAUGACCAAAGGGCAUACGCCACGACGUAUGUCCUGUCUUGCUUGUGUGUGCAGCACGUUUUGCGGGGCAUAUACAGCUACAUGCCCACGCAAGCAAUACGGUGUACGGUAGCACGACCUUGUAGAGGCAAUGCCGAGGGCUCAGCCCAACAGUAACGGGGCUAGCGCCUGGAAGUACGGCACGGUGUGCAUGUCAGGUGUAGACUUACAGAUACAACUGUAGGGGGCGGGCAAGGGGUUAACAAAGAUGACCUAGAAAUGCGUAAUGGAGGCAAGAGCACGAUCGACGUGCGUGUGUUGUGGAAGCAUCCCAACGGGAAAUCCCCGACGUCUUUCCGGCCACACUUGGGCCGAAAUGGUGUAAUUGCAAAUGAAUUUUGACGAUCGGUCCAAUGCGGGACCGAAGGUGUUCAUUAGAUCCGUUGAAAACUUGAAGCCUCAGAGUGGAACCCCUGUCCACCGGCGUGUCAACCGCCGGCUGUUCACAAACCCGAGGCCGGCGGGCCAGCGCUUAAAUGGUGAUAGUGGCCUUGAAGGAUAUGUUGAAAGCGCUGCAUGGACUCGCGUAUGCUAGAUUUGCAGCGGCGGAUAACUGUCGGACGACAUCGUCCCAUGUACAAGUUUAGUUUGAAUUGCCCCGCUCCAUUAUGAUAAACACACUAACAGCA